AUGACCAAACAAGCCCUCGAGAGGCCGACGCUCGCAGAAGAAAUUGACAGCAAUGGAGACCCGGUCCUAGACGACGAUGAUAAGCCGAAGCCAUCAACUGACACAGCCGACCUGGCAAUCUUCAAAGCCGAAGUGGACGGCUACGUGAAAGACAAGAAACGCGUGAACAAGAUCAAGGCACAAGCGACGUCCCUGGUAUGGGGUCAAUGCAGUGAUGCAGUCCGUGGAAAGGUCGAAAGCAACACAGGCUUCAAGAAGGCGUACGACAAUUCGGACCUAAUCGGGGUCCUGAACAUGAUCAAGGACACGAUGUUCCAAUUUCAAACCAUCCGAAAGAAAUCUCUCGCCACUCUCGAGAGCAAACUCAGAGUGCUACAUUUCAGACAACAAUCAGAACAAUCAGUGGCAGAAUACUACCGAACCUUCCGCAGGUAUGUUGAGGUUCACGAACACAACGGCGGCAGUCUCGGGAUGGAGCCUGGCAUACUGGCCGAUCACUUGCCAGAAGGGACAGCCCUUCCUGACGCUGGAAAAGAUGAGUUCCUGAGUGCGGGUGGGAAAUCCCGUAACGAAAUACACGCCAUCAUUUUUCUGUACAACGCCCACAGAGGUCGAUUCGGAGAUCUAUGGAUCUUGCUACAGAAUCAGCAACAGAACCGUUACCCUACGAUGCUCGUUGAGGCGUACAACCUGCUAGCCGGCUACGUGCCGAACAGGAAGAAUUCGAGAAACGCCAGGAACAACGGGAACAACAACAGUCAAAAUAGCGGAACAAUUGGACGAACGGUCGGAAGGGACGUGGCAUUCGCACAAGAUGGCGAGACAGAAUCAGGGACCACCCUAGCAGUGGUUUCGGGAACCGACGGCCGAAAGUUUCCCAACAUCACCUGCUUCCACUGCCAACAGAAAGGCCACUACCAGCAACAAUGUCCGACCGCUGAGCAGUCUGAAGGCGUGCAGAUGCUCCUGAAUGCGAAGGAAUACGAGGGAUUCGGGUUCCUACACCCUGAGGACAGUGGUGUAACGCUCAGUACGACAAUCAUUCCAUCCGGCUGGAUAAUUCUGGACAAUGGCAGCACCAUAAAUGUCUUCAAGGAUCCAGCGCUACUGAGGAACAUACGAACAACCAACAAAUGGAUGAAGGUCCACUGCAAUGCAAGAGUGAAGAGAACCAACAUGGUUGGAAACCUCCCUGGUUUCCCCGGGACAGUUUGGUACCUGCCCGACGGCAUAGCAAACAUACUGUCGAUCGAGUCGAGGAACACUACCCGGUUACGUAUGAAAACAGAGAAUUUACAAUCCACAAACCAGAUGGAUCGACCAGAGUUUUCCGACGAGUGGCAAAUGGACUCCGCUACUGGGACGCAAAGAACGGACUGCCCCAGAAGGAGGACCACUGUGCGAUGGUGA